UCAAGUCCUACGCUUCUUCCCCUUCGUUCCCCCCCUCCGAACCCUAGCCACCUUGCUCACUUCCCAGCUCGAACCCGCCACGGUGCGAUCCACAGCAGUGCGGCAGCUGAGCCUGAGGUCGAGGAGGAGGCGGCGAGAUGGUGUUGGUGUCCGGCGGCGGCGGGAACGCGUGGGCGAAGGAGAUGACCAUCCGCCGCAGGAUGGCCAGCAUCUUCAACAAGACGCAGGAGCAUUUCCCGUGUCUGAAGGACUACAACGAUUACCUGGAAGAAGUGGAGGAUAUGACUUUCAACCUGAUCGAAGGUAUAGAUGUCGAGGCGAUCGAAGCUAAAAUUGCGAGGUACCAACAGGAAAAUGCGGAGCAGAUAUACUUGUCCCGAGCGAAAAGGGCUGAAGACCUUGCGGCAGCACUUAAAGCAAGCAGAAUGAACCCUGGAAAGGCCGAUGCCAAUGAUACGGCUGCUGGGAGCUCCCAGGGCAUUAGUGGUGGGGCAGGAGUCCAAGGCCAGUAUGCGCCUGCUGCUGUUCCUGGUGGGCUGGCUCAGCCUCGUCCGACCGGUAUGGCCCCCCAACCAAUCGACGGUGCAUUAGAUCCUCUUCAAGGUGAUGACAAGGAGACCAGGAGACUACGCGCGGAGAGAGGAGCACGAGCAGGUGGAUGGACUGUUGAAUUGGGUAAGAGACGAGCACUGGAGGAGGCGUUUAGCGCCAUAUUCAUCUAGGAUCAAAUCAAAAGCAGCACCUAGCUUGGAAGAGGCCUGGUAUAUAUAUGACAGCCUUCGGACAACUAUAUAACGUUGGAUGGUCCAUAACAUUGCCGGCCUCAGCAUAUGGAGUUCUUGCAGAGGAGAGUGCAAUACCUAUCGGCAUCAAGCGGCCUCGUGAUUGCAAAAACAUCCUUUUUGCAAGCUGGGAACGUGCAUGUUGUUGUACCUUGACUUGUCAGUCAGACUUGUGACUGUUCCUUUGUAUGGACACAUAUGUUUUUUUUAGCCUUGCCUCCUCCCAGGCAUAAUACAAUUUUCCUCUGUAAAAUUUCUUUUCGCGAGAAUUUUAGCUAAACCCCGACCUGGUGAGAAUUACCGUUUCGCCUGUAACUUUUAUUCUUUCGAAGGACUGUUAUCUUUUGGAUGAUAAUGUAAUCUAAUUUCAAAAAUGUCGGUUCACUUCACAUGAACCAAAUGUAACCAAGAUUACCAUUGUUAUGGUAUCCUUCCA